AUGUCGAUCGCAGUUUCAAAAACCCCGUCCGCGGUGCCUCCCACGAACGAAGAGAUUUCGUCGCUUCUUAACACUAUAUUGGCGGCCCAGACUUCGCAACAGUCGCUGGACGCCUCCUAUGCUCUCACCAACCUUCUUAUCAACUCUGUUGGUUUCCGGGGGCUCCUCAGCCACAAUAUCCUGCCGGAAGUGAAGAAAGCCGCAGCCGACAAGAAAAAUGGCGCAAAAAGAGAGAGUGCUAUGCUUAUAAUCGGUGCCUUGUUCGAACAGUUUCCUCGCAAGGACCCACUCAGUGAAGUCGUUUUCCUCAUUCAGGAUGGUGGCGUUCUCAACCUUGCCUUGGACGCACUUUCCGACAAGGGAGCUGUUGUCCGUGAUGCCGCCCAGUAUGCUGUAGAUGCUCUAUUUGCUGGCCUCAAGGUUGAAUCUCUCAUCAACGCACUUCUCCCGGCCGUUCUCCGCUAUCUGAGCAAAAGUACCGGCAAGUGGCAGGGCGCCGUGGGCGCCUAUGCGCUGUUGGAAAAAAUGGCCGAUAAGGCUAAAAUAGGCACUGGUACCAAGGAUGAAGAACGCCAGAAGGACCUCCUCCGUGAGGCUAUGGGAAAUACUCUUAAGGAAGUGAUUCCGGUUGUGGAAUCGGGAAUGCACGAUCUCAAGAACGAAGUCUCCAAGCAGGCUCUCAAGACAAUGACUGCUGUCACGACACUUAUCACGAACGAAGAUGUUCUUCCUCGAAUUCCGCUACUUAUCACGGCCAUGGAGAAGCCAUCUUCCGAGAGUCUUCAGAAGACAAUCCACGCUUUGUCGCAGACUACAUUCGUUGCCAUUGUUACCUCUCCUGUCCUGGCGCUCUUGACGCCUCUUCUCGAGCGAUCGCUCAACACGCCAACCACUUCUCAGGAAGUUCUCCGCCAGACCGUGGUUGUCGUCGAGAACUUGACAAAGCUGGUUCAUGAUCCCACUGAAGCUCGAACUUUCCUCCCCAAAUUGAAGCCCGGUGUCCAAGGAGUCAAGGACCGUGCCUCCCUUCCCGAAGUCCGGGAGCUAGCUACCAGAGCUCUGGAUGUGAUCCAGAAAGCUAUGGGUGACGGUCAAGGAGAUGUGGCCGAUGGCGCCGUUGUUAGGACCAGCCCAGAAGAUGUGCUUAAAAUUUUGGACGCCAGGAUUAUCGCUCAUGGUGGUGCAGCACAGCCCGGCGAGGCGGCUUUCUUUGACAAUGUCAAAUCGUACAUUGCCGGCAUGGUCCGUGAAGAUAUCGAUGUUAGAAUGCUUGAUCGUAUUCCUGAAUGUGUGGGGCCUUACCUGCGCACCUUGGUCCAGGAUGGACAAAAUGAUGCCGUGGCUGCUGAAGUGCAGCAACACUUUAUCGAGGAAGAUCAGCGCAGGUUUGGUGUACCUGUCCAGGAAGAUGACGGCGAGGUCGAGAUCGUCAAUGCCGACUUUUCUCUUGCCUACGGUGGUAUGCUCCUGUUGUCUCACACCAACCUCCGACUCCUGAAAGGCCACCGCUACGGUCUAUGUGGUCGCAAUGGUGCCGGAAAGUCGACUCUCAUGCGAAGUAUCGCAAACGGAAAGUUGGAAGGUUUCCCUGCCAAGGAAGUUCUUCGAACCUGCUUCGUCGAGCACAACCAAGGCGAAAGUGCCGAUCUCAGCAUUUUGGAAUUUUGCUCCAAUGAUCCCGAACUCCAGCAAGUCAGCAAGGAUGAGAUUUCAGCAGUUUUGUCUGAGUUCGGCUUCACUGACGGCCCGGAGGGCCGACAGUCGCAAAAGGUUGGAUCUCUCUCUGGUGGAUGGAAGAUGAAACUCGCUCUUGCGCGUGCCAUGCUUAUGAAAGCCGAUGUCCUUUUGCUUGAUGAACCUACCAAUCACCUGGACGUCGCCAAUGUCAAGUGGCUGCAGGAGUACUUGAAAUCGCACACCAAUAUCACGAGCUUGAUCGUCAGUCACGACUCUGGAUUCCUGGAUGAAGUCUGCACCGACAUUUAUCACUACGAAAGCAAGAAGCUCGUUUGUUACAAAGGUAACCUAGCAGACUUUGUCAAGGUGAAGCCCGAAGGAAAGAGUUACUACACUCUUUCUGCAUCCAAUGUUCAGUUCAAGUUCCCUGCCCCGGGUAUCUUGUCGGGUAUCAAAUCACAAACGAGGGCUAUUCUGCGUAUGACCAAUUGCACAUACACCUAUCCUGGAGCCAGCAAACCGUCUCUUGAAGACGCCUCUGUUACUCUUUCUCUGUCAUCACGCACUGCUAUUAUCGGAGGCAAUGGUGCCGGAAAAUCGACAUUCAUUAAGAUGCUCACGGGUGAGACUGUUCCUCAGACUGGCCGAGUCGAAAAGCAUCCCAACCUGCGAAUUGGUUACAUCAAGCAGCAUGCUCUAGAGCACGUUGAAAUGCACCUUGAGAAGACUCCUAACCAGUAUUUACAAUGGCGAUACGCCAACGGUGAUGAUCGUGAGGUCUACCUCAAGCAGACCCGCAUUCUGACCGACGAAGAACGCGAGCAGAUGGAGAAACCUGUCGAUCUUGGUGAUGGCAGCGGCGGUCGUCGUAUCGAAGCACUUAUCGGUCGACAAAAGUGGAAGAAGUCAUUCCAGUAUGAAGUCAAGUGGGUGGGACUACUCCCCAAAUACAACACUAUGAUUUCUCGGGAAACCUUGACCUCACUGGGAUUCUCCAAGCUGGUUCAAGAAUUCGACGACCACGAAGCAUCCCGUGAGGGUCUAGGAUACCGCGUUCUCGAGCCCAAGGUCAUCUCCAAACAUUUCGAGGAUGUCGGUCUGGACCCUGAAAUCGCCAAUCACAAUGAGAUCUCGGGUUUGUCAGGUGGCCAAAAGGUCAAGGUUGUCUUGGCCGGUGCCAUGUGGAACAACCCUCACUUGCUGGUUCUGGACGAACCCACCAACUUCUUGGAUCGUGAUUCUCUAGGAGGCUUAGCCGUCGCCAUUCGCGACUACAAGGGUGGUGUUGUCAUGAUCUCUCACAACGAAGAAUUUGUCGGUGCCCUGUGCCCCGAACAAAUCCACAUCGCCGAUGGUCGCAUCACCCAUCGCACAAACGCGGCGGUCUCUCUCGACCGCUUCGAAGACAGCCAGCCUGGUUCUCCCGUGCCUGGUAGCGCCGUUGCCAGCACUGUUGCUAGCUCAGUCGUGUCCAGCGCCGCUGCGUCUGCCGCAAACUCUGGCGCUGAGGAUACCGGAGAGUUGAAGUUCAAGGCCAGAAAGAAGAAGAAGCUGACUCGCGCUCAAUUGAAGGAGCGUGAAGCCCGUCGACGUCUGCGUCACAUUGAAUGGCUCAACUCUCCCAAGGGAACUCCCAAGCCAGUGGACACCGAUGAUGAAGCCUAA